CUCAAAGAAUAGAUGAGAUCGGUGCUGUUACUAUAAAGACUAUAUCUAGUCACGGGCGGAUGGGAAGAUCUGAAAUUCUAGAAGUUUUAAAUAAAUUUCUUCAUUUAACUACAAACCCAGUAAACCUUCCCUCUUCCGUACUGCUAUUCAGCCAAAUAGUCUCCUACCCCCACCGACACGAAUGAAUAUGUUAAAGGAAAACGCCCAGAUGGAUGAAUAAGAAGAUAACUGGAGUUGCUUUUGGAGCUGCCCAUUCCUCCCAAUGCCGUUCUUGAUUGAUCAAUUGCAUAGCUGAUUCACAAGACUCCAUCUUUGUGGGGAGAGAAGUUUUCUUUUAUAUUGUAAAUUAAAGGAAAGGAAUUUGGCAAAUUUGAUCUUCCGGUUGGUGUAUCUAUCGGGUUUGGUGGGUAGAUAUGAAGAAGCUGAAGAACUAUUACCUCAAUGUGAGGCACCCACAUAAAAUGGAGCGGAAGUGGAUCUUUCCUCUGGCUAUAGGCUCUAUCAUCUUUCUAUUCCUGUUGUUCCUUACAACCCUAACUUCCUCCGACGGCACCCCUCUUCUGCCGCUCUACCGAUACUAUGCUUCCGCCUCCGCCGCCUCCAUUUUCAUCGAAUCUAAGCUCCGACCCAUACCCGUUUCGACCCUCCCUCCCCCGCCCCGAAUUGCCUACCUCAUCUCCGGCUCCGCCGGCGACGGCAACAUGCUCAAGCGCACACUUCAGGCUUUGUACCAUCCGAACAACCAGUACGUGGUCCACCUGGACGCCGAAUCAUCGACAGAAGAACGGCUCGAUCUGAGAAGCUACAUCCAGGAACACCCGAUCUUCACCGAAAUGAAAAAUGUGAGGAUGAUCGGUAAGGCGAAUCUGGUAACCUACCGGGGCCCCACAAUGGUGGCCAACACCCUACACGCAGCCGCCAUCUUGUUGAAGGAUGGCGGGAAUUGGGACUGGUUUAUCAACCUCAGUGCUUCAGAUUACCCAUUAGUGACUCAAGAUGAUCUGCUUUAUACGUUUUCUCAUUUGCCCCGGGAUCUUAAUUUCAUCGAUCAUACAAGCAAUAUUGGUUGGAAAGAGUAUCAAAGAGCAAAGCCGAUUAUAAUUGAUCCGGGGCUGUAUAUGUCAAAAAAGGCUGAUGUUUUCUGGAUUACACAAAGAAGAAGUGUGCCAACUGCUUUCAAGCUCUUUACAGGAUCUGCGUGGAUGGUCCUCUCUCGGCCCUUUGUUGACUUUUGUAUAUGGGGAUGGGACAAUUUACCUCGAACCGUCCUUAUGUACUACGCAAACUUCUUAUCAUCCCCUGAGGGUUAUUUCCACACGGUCAUAUGUAAUGCACGAGAGUUUAAGAACACCACGGUCAACAGUGACCUCCAUUUCAUUUCGUGGGAUAACCCUCCCAAACAGCAUCCUCAUUACCUCACCCUCGAUGACAUGAAAAGGAUGGUUGACAGCAACGCCCCUUUUGCUAGAAAGUUCCACCAUGAUGACCCUGUGCUUGACAGGAUCGAUUCUGACCUUCUGUUCCGCGGUAAAGACAUGCUCAUCCCGGGUGGGUGGUGUGCCGGCAAUGGGACCCACCCGUGCUAUGGUGUGGGUGAUCUCACGCUUCUUAAACCCUCUGCAGGGGCAAAGAGACUGGAGAGUCUGCUUGGCUCUCUUCUGUCUGAUGAGAAUUUCCGACCUCGGCAGUGCAAUUAGGGAUGGAUAUAUGUCCAGUUCAUGUUUUUUUGCAGUGGAAAGAUAUGAUUAUUAGAUUAUAUCAGUCCAAAUUACAUCGACUUCUGAAUAUUUCAGAAUUUGGCCGGUUCAGGUUGAUGUUCUUGAAUAUCAUUAGCCAUGAUACGGUCUUAACUCCCGCGAUCGCCAUGCAAUUUCUGCUGCAAGCUGUAACCGAUGACUUAACACCAUGGGAAAUGAAGAGUGGGUUUUCAUCACUGAUAAGUCCAAGAAUACAAACUUAUUUAUUGACCAAUUUAUUGUUGUUAUUGUUCAUGUGGUAGUGCCCUUGAAACACGGGCAGCGACUGAUAUCUGUGAUGAUUUCCCUGUGUAAAUCUUGUGUGUUAUCAUAAUAUCCUUAGCAUUAGAUAUAUGGACUUCUUUUUAGACCGUUAUCUAUGCCAGAAGUCUCCUUUUGCUAUUUAAAACAAUUUAGAGUUUAACUUCCCCUUUUUGUACCAAUGGAAUGUCACAAGCAGUACAUCUCUACUUAUUCUUUCAGUU